AUGCAGCACGCCUUGUUGUCUGCAAUCGGUCGUCGUGAUACGAUAGAGACCCAGGAUAGUUUAUCUGAUUCCUUCGAGAAAAAUGAGUCUAAGGAUAUAGCAUGUUCACCAGAACUUAUCUCUUCUUGUUCUUCACCUAUGUUCUCUCAACCAGAUCCUCUCCGGGUAUUAAGACUUGAUGAAGCCUUGGAACACUUGCACAAUAUAAAUCGCCAUCUCCGUGACCAACACACUGCUCAAACUUAUUCCACUGCAGAGCUUUCGAAAUCCCAAGUAGAAACUUCUAGUUUCGUUGUUGAUGGGCAGAGUCACGCUACUGACUCUGUUUGCAUUGAAAGCACUCUAAUCUUCGUCGAAAAAGGAUAA